AUGACAAACCGGGCCUUGAGAGUCCCUCAGAGUCAAGGCUCCUUCGCCCAUGUCAUUGCCAUGGCCCAGAUCCUGGGACGGAGUGCGCAGUACAUGCUUCAGGAGUUCAACAUCCGCAGUCCUCAUCCUCCCUGGGAUCGAAGCUCCGAUUUCGCUGCUCUUGAGUCUGAUCUCCUCCACUUUGAGUCAUCCCUGAGGAUCCAACAACCGUUACAGCAGGUUCUGGCUCCGUACAUUAGUGCUGAUGGAGUCGUGGAUUACCACACCACUGGCCCGAUUAUCUUCUCUCGGGCAUUUUAUCACCUCUGCUACUGCCUGCUUAAUCACCCUUUCCUGCUCAAGCGCCGGAUUGAUACGUGCCGCACGUUGGCCCCAACGAGUUUCCUGACACGAUCAUCUGACCUAGGAUGGUUGCAUGCGCAGCAUAUGCUAGCACUCAUACGGGACGCUCGCGGGCUGGGGUGCUCCUUUCACUCCUCUUCUAGCGGCUACUGCGCGACUGUUGCCGGUUCUAUCAUCGCUUUGAGAACUGAUGAUUCAGAUUUAGCCGUGAGCCAGAGAGCUCAAGUUCUGCUUGAAGAGGCUUUGUCGUAUCUCGACACUCUGGGUCGUCAUUGGAACAAUGUCUCCUCUAUGGCAACAGUGCUUAGACGGAUGGUGUAUGAUGGUUUCCUUGGGGGUAGUCUGUGUAGUAGUGAGCUCCAAAGAGCUAACAUUACUCUGGCCGAGGAAGAGACCUUGUGGGCUGUCGUUGACUACAACACCAUGUCAAGCACAGUGAGCGAAGAAGCUUUGAAUAACAACCAAGACCUCAGUAGCAUAUGGCUUGAUUCGUGGACGGACCUCUUUGGGGUGCCAGGCGAUCAAAUAGCCCCGCUAACUCCGAAUCCUUUGUAG